AUGUCGAACGGUCCACCAUACGGAUCGGGUCCACCAUACCCACCAGGCCCUGGUGGUCCACCGCCCUACGCGGGAUACCCUCCAGCACCACCACCAGGCAUCGCAUACGUGCCCGCGCCUGUACUCAUGCCUAUGCCCAUGUAUCCACCCCAGCCUCCUCAUAUGUACCCUCCUACUCAUAAUCAUCCUCCUACACAUAGUUACCCUCCAGCAUAUCCUCAUCCCUACCCAGAGCCGCCACCAGAUGCAGUUCAUGUUGUUGAUAAUCCACCUCCUUUAGACAAACCAAUGGAGCCCGAAGUAGAGUGGGUACCGACAACCAGCCACGCAGCUGAUUCUCUCUCCAGUCGUGUCUUUGUUACUGGAAGAGAGGGAUGGGAUGACAGUCCAUUGUGGACUAUUCGAGCCCAUCAUAAUGGCCACCUCAUUCCUGGUAAACUGGCAAUAAAACAUAAAGCUGCCUACAUACCUUUUUCGGGGAAAGAAGUUCGGGUGCAUAACUUUGAGGUCCUGUGCAUAAAUCCGAAUCUAGUCCGUUGGAUACCCGCGGGCAAUGGCCAAGUCCCGUCAGGGGCAAUUCCUGCUGGUAACACUCACGACGCAGAGCCUUUAUACAUUGGUCGUGUCAGACAUAGAGGAUCUCUUACGCCCGGAAAGGUCCAUCCUAGCCAUCAUUGUUGCUACAUUUCUUUUGAUGGAUCCGAAGUAUCUUACAAGAGCUACGAAGUCCUGUGCCAAGUCGGAGCUGGUGGUGGUGUUCAAAGAAGUGCUUAA